AUGGCGGCAGAAACCCUAGAGAAACACAAAAGCAGCCGAAGCAACCUAGAGAAAUGGCAGAUCAGGAGUUAGAAAAACACUGAAAAGCAACAACCUUCUUGGCUCUUUCAUUGUUUUCCGACAGAUUUCACAAGCAAACAAGCCACCAAACCACACAACACUUUCUGCCUUUGUUUGACAAGCAAGAAAUUAAAAGACCCACAAACAAACAUCCCACAGCAAGAUCACAGCAACAAAAAAAAAAAAAAAAAAAACAGACGGAUCAGGCUGAAGGUUGCAGAAGAAGCAGAAAGAGCACUCCAGGAGACUUCAUCAAAGGUCGGAACCCUCCCCAAACUACAAACAGAGUACCUAGGACAUGGUUGGGCACUAGAGGAAGCUUUUCAGUGUACAACAUUUCAUCGAGAAAAUGAAUUCUCGUCGUCGGUUAAAGUAGCAAGUGAUGGUGCAGGAGAAAGAAGAGAUGUUGCCGAAAAUGGAUUGACUACGACGAAGGUGGAAAAAAAGCAAACAAUUAAAUCAGUCGAGCAGAGAGAAAAGCGGGGAGACAUCUCUGGCUUAGAAAGUUGAGGUGAAUCUCCCAAUAAAAGGAGAGAUAUCAUAAAAUUUGUAUACCAAAUAGGCUAACUACCCGCCAUUUGAAAGUGACAUUGAUCUCUCCUUCCCUCUUCCCUUUUUCCUAAAACCACGACCCCUUCUUCUCCUUCUCCCUCUUGUGUUCUAACUGGUCUCCAACCCAAUUACAAUGGUGGCUCUGUUGAGACUCUCACCCCCUCGAUCACCCUCCUAUCUCCUCCCUUCCCUACUCGCUUUAGCCCUCUUCACCCUCCUUUUCCUGUACAAGGUAGAUGACUUCGUGACGAGCACCAAAACGAUGGCAGGCCACAACCUGGAGCCGACCCCAUGGCACAUUUUUCCAGCCAAGAGCUUCGAUGAUGAAACCCGCCAGUCCCGAGCAUACAAGAUUAUCCAGUGCUCCUACCUUAGUUGUCCAUAUUUCAAUAGAAGCAUAAUCGAGCGACCUCGUUUCCAGACCAACAAACCUGCAGCACAGUGUCCCGAGUUUUUCAGUCACAUACACCGGGAUCUGGCCCCUUGGGUCAAGUCCGGGAUAACGGAGAAUCAGGUCAUGGAGGCCAAGAACUUUGCGGCGUUUCGAAUUGUAAUCUUCCAGGGGAGGCUCUAUUUGGAUCCUUACUAUGCUUGCUUCCAGAGUCGAAUGAUGGUGACGAUAUGGGGAUUCAUACAACUAUUGCGGAAGUAUCCUGGCAUGGUUCCUGAUGUUGAUCUAAUGUUUGAUUGCAUGGACAAGCCUAUUCUCAAUCGGACCGAACGUCAAUCCAACCCUGUGCCUCUUUUUCGGUAUUGCACCACCCGUGAGCAUUUCGACAUUCCUUUCCCUGAUUGGUCCUUCUGGGGUUGGUCGGAGAUUAAUAUCAAGCCAUGGAGCGAGGAGUUCCCUGACAUUAAAAAGGGUUCUCAAGCUAAACGAUGGGCAGCAAAGCAGCCUCGUGCAUUUUGGAAGGGAAAUCCAGACGUUGUUUCCCCUGUUCGUCUAGAGUUGUUGCAAUGCAAUGACUCCCGAAAAUGGGGAGCACAAAUUAUGCGACAGGAUUGGGUGCAAGAGGCAAGAGAAGGUUUCGAGGCCUCCAAGCUAUCAAAUCAGUGCACCUAUCGGUACAAGAUAUAUGCAGAAGGCUUCGCUUGGUCCGUGAGCUUGAAAUAUAUCCUAUCUUGUGGUGCCAUGACGCUGAUCAUUUCGCCACAGUAUGAGGAUUUCUUCAGUCGUGGCCUUAUACCCAAGAAAAAUUAUUGGCCAGUAUCGCCCGUCGACCUAUGUAAAUCGAUAAAGUCGGCUGUUGACUGGGGGAACUCACACCCAGCUGAGGCUCAGGCGAUAGCGAAAGCAGGACAAGACUUCAUGGAGAGUUUAAGUAUGGACAAAAUCUACGACUACAUGUUCCACCUCAUCACUGAAUAUUCAAAGCUCCAGAUGUUCAAGCCUGUCCCACCACCCUCUGCUCUUGAGGUGUGUCCAGAUUCUGUGUUGUGCUUUGCCGAUGAGAAGCAGAGGCUAUUCCUUGAAAAAUCUUCAACUUCUCCCUCGUUGGAGCCUCCUUGCAACCUCAUGUCUGCCGACGAUAGUGUCAGAAGCUGAAAUUGCAGGAGGAAGUUAGGAAAAUGGAGCAACAAUCAUGAUAGGAAAUUUGGUAGAGCAUGGACCCCCAUUUUGAAUUGUAAAAGUAGAAUAAAUUAAUUAAUUAAAGGUGCAAGUAAGCCUACAGUCAUUUUACUGUUUCUCACGAAAAUCUCUCCCCAAAUUACAGUUCAUUAGUGGUGUGAUUAGGUGUGGCCGAACCCACC